AUGGGGAGAAAUAAGACAAACAUACCACUCAUAGAGUAUUUGAAAAAUCGAAUCUAUCUUGGAGCAUAUGACUACACUCCCUCAGAUACAGAAGCUGUAGUAUACUUUACCAUCGAAGAUACAUUACCUUACAAUGCAUUCCAUUUGGACUUUGGUCCAUUGAAUAUAAGCAAUCUCUACCGUUUUGCUGUUGUUUUGCACAAUAUUUUAAAUGACGAUGACAAUCAAGGCAAAGCAGUAGUGUUUUACAGUUCCACCUGUCCUAAGCAAAGAGCAAAUGCAGCAUGUAUUUUAUGUUGUUACAUGGUCUUGAUCCAAUCAUGGGCUCCUCAUCAAGUAUUACAACCAAUAGCUCAGUUUGAAGUCCCAUUUGCCAGUUUUAGAGACGCUGGCUACUCAAAUGCAGAUUUUGAAAUAACUAUCCAGGACGUAGUAUAUGGAAUGUGGAGAGCCAAAGAACGAGGAAUGAUUGAUUUGACUACGUUCAAUCUUGAAGAAUACGAACAAUACGAGAGAGUUGACCAGGGUGAUUUUAAUGUCAUUUCAAAAGACUUUAUUGCAUUUGCUUCUCCCCAGCACAAGAAGCAUGCUUCACUUAAUGAACCAUUCAAGAAGGUGUUGCAUUACUUUACUGAAAAUAAUGUUCAAUUAGUUGUCAGGUUAAAUUCACACCUUUACGAUGCCAAAGAGUUUACAAAGAGAAACAUACAGCAUAUUGAUAUGAUAUUCGAUGAUGGAACUUGUCCCACUCUUGAAUAUGUGCAGAAAUUCAUUGGCGCUGCAGAGUGCAUUAUAAAUAAAGGAGGAAAAAUUGCCGUGCAUUGUAAAGCUGGCCUAGGACGUACCGGAUGUUUAAUUGGAGCUCAUUUAAUUUAUACCCAUGGAUUCACCGCUAAUGAGUGCAUUGCAUAUAUGAGGAUGUUAAGACCAGGUAUGGUUGUUGGUCCUCAACAACAUUGGUUGUACCUUAAUCAAAACUAUUUUAGAGAGUGGAGACACACAAUGGUGUUGGACAAUAGACCAGAUGCACUUAUUGGUAACUUGUUCCCGUUGUGUUCCUAUGACGAUUUCAAAAAGCGCAUGAAGGAAGCUAAAAAGGAAGCUCAAGCUCAAGCUCAAGCCCAAGCUCAAGCCGCAGAGCAAAACAAUCAAUUACCACAACUCAAUUCUUCGUUUGUUGCCGACUCGUCCUUCUCGGCCACUCCUAUUAGAAGACGUAAGAUUAGUGGUGCCCUUGCAUCAAAAAUUCAAACAGCUGUACCUGCAAAUGCUCCUGGACAACCAAGAAAAUACAUUCAAGAGCCAGAGGAAGAGGAAGAAGAGAAUCCAAGCAUCGACAUGAUUAAUAAUUCAGAUGAUGAAAAUGUAAUGCAAGAUGUAAUCAAAAGCUCACCGACACAAACACCGCAGAAUAAAAAUUCAGAAUGGAGAGUGUUGCGGUCCAUAUCAGCCAACUCUUCUCACCAACAACCGGUACUGUUGACCAAGACAACCACCACCACCACAACUAGAACAGUAAGCACAACAUUAUCUUCGUCAUCACCAGGUGCAUCUCCAAGUAACAACAACAAUGGCAGUUUGCGAAUGACGAAAUCUAGAGCAUCGAGACCACGAGUGAGCCUGGGCGGUAUGUCUAACCAGCCAACGAGAGUGCAUUCGGGAGGGAUAAGAAAAACAAGUGGGAAAAAGUAUUAG